GAACUGACUCGAGUUUUUAACCAGAUGAGCUGAGAGUUUCCAACUCUCCUUUUGGCAAUUCAUCAUUCACUCCCUCUUUCCAUUAUUUCUAUCUCAACUGUAAAACUUCAGAGGAACGGACUUCGAUGACCGGUAGUGGAGGGGAUGCGCCACCGCCACUGACUGCCAAUGGUGGCGAAUUCCUCCUUUCUUUACUCCAAAAGCCCCAAUCGCAUCAUCCUCCACAACAAUCUCCAUUACCCCCUGGAGUGGCUCCCAUGACCGUGCCUCAACCGCAAGCUCAAUCGCUCGCCAUUGAUCCUGCCGUUCAAGCAGUGGGGCCCACACUCCCUUUCUCGCCAUCUUGGUCACCGAAUGGACGCGAUCUCCCCAGUCCUUGGCCCCACAAUCUCUCUCCGCCCUUCUAUCCUAAUUUGAUAGGGUUUCGCCAAAACCCUUGGUUUUCUCCAGGAAACCAAAUUGCCUUUAAUCAAGAAGCUUUAGUGGAUGACUUGAGAAGGAUCGGGAUUUCAAGGAUAGACAGUAAUAACAAUCACGUAAUCCCGAAUCUGACCCAGCUAAAGCAUCGAGAACAAAAACUCGUCUUUGGUUCUUUUCCUAGUGAUAUUCAAACCCUUCCAAAGCCUGAUGGCGUGCUUCAAAAUUCGAAUUUGAGUUUUUCAAAUCAGCAAUCUAACUCGCGGCUUAAUGCCAAUCCAAAUUCGAGUCCAUACUUUUUCCAACGUCGAAAUUCUGAUGAAAGAGGAAAGCAACAGCAGCAUGGUGGGAAUUGCAGGUCUACCCCUUCUGCUGAAACUCCAAGACCGCCUCCAGGGUUUUCAGGACAGCCUAGAAGAGGAGGAGGAAGUCGGGAUUUCGGAAAAAAUACGAGACAUGUUGCGCACAGUGUAAAUAAAUUAAAAGCUGAAUUGGGUCAUUUGAGUUAUGACAAUGAAACGAGACUUCGUGGACAGCUUGAUCACCCUGUGCCGCCGGCAGGGAGUAAUCCGCAGUCUGUUUCAGUGACUGAGAUUGAAGGGCCUCUUUUGGAAUUGCAUAUGGAUGGUGGUGCAAAUGGGUUUUCAAGGCGUGAUAAGCCUAGAAGAGAAGAUGGUGGCGAAGUGGAUGAAAUUGAGGAAAAGUUUGUUGAACCUUUGUUGGUUGAGGAUGAAUCUGAUGAUAAGAAUGACAAGAAGCGGCAUCAUCGGGAGAAGGAAUACAGAAAAGAUAACAGGGGGCAAAGGCUACUUAGCCAGAGGGAGAGAAUGUUAAAAAGGCGGACGGAUUGUCGCAGUGAUAUUCUCAGGUUAAAUUCACCUUUACUUGCUAUUUAUGAGUCACUCAUACCUCCUGUGGAAGAAAAAGCUAAGCAGAAACAGUUGUUAGCAUUACUUGAUAAACUAGUUUGCAAAGAAUGGCCAGAAGCACGGUUAUAUCUCUAUGGAUCUUGUGAGAACUCUUUUGGGGUGUCAAAGAGUGACAUUGAUAUUUGCCUUGCGUUUAAUGAGGACAUUCACGACAAGUCUGAAAUCUUGCUAAAGUUGGCAGAUAUUUUGCAGUCAGAUAAUCUUCAGAAUGUGCAGGCACUGACUCGUGCCAGGGUCCCCAUAGUAAAGCUUAUGGAUCCAUUGACUGGAAUUUCCUGUGACAUAUGCGUAAACAAUGUUUUGGCUGUAGUAAAUACAAGGCUUCUACGAGAUUAUGCAAAAAUCGAUGUAAGAUUACGGCAGUUGGCUUUUAUUGUGAAACACUGGGCCAAGUCCAGAGGAGUGAAUGCAACUUACCAAGGAACUCUAUCUAGCUACGCGUAUGUUUUGAUGUGCAUUCAUUUCUUACAGCAACGUAGACCUGCUAUCCUUCCAUGCUUGCAGGGAAUGGAGACAACCUUCUCUGUCACUGUGGAUGAUGUUGAGUGUGCUUACUUUGAUAAAGUCGAAAACCUUUGCAAUUUUGGAUCUUCUAACCAGGAAACUAUUGCUCAACUGGUGUGGGCAUUCUUUAACUAUUGGGCAUAUAUUCAUGAUUAUGCAAAUUCAGUAAUAUCUGUACGCACAGGAAGCUUGAUCUGUAAGGGAGAAAAAGACUGGACAAGAAGAAUUGACAAUGAUCGUCAUUUAAUCUGCAUAGAGGAUCCGUUUGUGGUAUCUCAUGACCUUGGUCGAGUGGUGGACAAGUUCAGCAUUAAAGUUCUAAGAGCGGAGUUUGAACGAGCGGCUGAUGUAAUGCAUUAUGAUCCAAAUCCUUGGAUAACACUCUUUGAACCUUACGUCCCUGAGUAAAAAAACCUUGUCCAAGUGUUACGGCCAAAGUGCAAAGCCCGUGACCAUGGCAGAAGAUGUGUCCCAUGGAGGUCUAUCGAUUAGAUGGAGAACAUUUAGCCCACGAGAACUGGCCCGAUUCAAGGAAUUGUUGGAGAAGCCAGAUUGAAGCUUGGUUGGCUCGAUAAUGAAGACAUGUUAACUUAGGCUAAUUUUGGUAACUAAUUUUAGAAGAUAUAGGGAAUCAUAUCUUGUAAAGAUUAGAUUAGAUUUGAUAUGGCAUAUCUUGUAAAUUCCUAAAAUCAGGGGAUAUGAUUAAUCUCGUCUGUCGAUGUAAAUGUAUCUUGAUCGUCGGUUUUGGGGAGCUCAACUAUAAAUAGAGAGCCUCCCCUCAUUUGUGCUCAUCCAUUGUAAGUUGAAUUUUUAGGAGUAAUAGAAUUCUUUGAGCAUUUACUCAAA